AUGUUGAUCUUAUUGAUUGGAGAUCUUCAUAUUCCAUCUCGUGCACUUGAUAUUCCUGUCAAGUUAAAAAAAUUAUUAGUACCAGGCCGUAUUUCACAGAUUUUAUGUACAGGAAAUCUUGUUGAUCAUGAGACAAGUGACUUUUUGCAAACAGUUGCACCAGAUGUACAUUUUGUUAAAGGCGAUUUUGAUCAAAGCAGAGGAUGGCCUUUAUCAAGAGUGAUUGCAAUUGAUUCCUUUCGAAUUGGCUUGAUUCAUGGACAUACAGUUGUUCCUAGACUUGAUAGCGACGCAUUACAUAUGGUUGCCCGACAAAUGGAUGUUGACGUGCUUGUUUGGGGUGGAACACAUCGAUUUGAAGCUUAUGAAUGGGAUGGAAAGUUAUUUGUUAAUCCAGGUAGCGCAACAGGUGCUUUAUAUACAGGCUGGGAAACAGAAGAACCGAUACCAACAUUUGUUUUAAUGAGUCUUCAGACAACAGUUCUUGUACUUUAUGUAUAUCAAUUGAUUGGUGAUGAUAUUAAAGUUGAAAAACUUCAAUAUCCUAGAGGAAAAACAGAAAAUACAAAUUAA